GCGAGCGCGGCCGGAGGGUUUGGAGCAGGCGGGUCGGGAGGUGCGUGUCGCGGAGAAGAGAAGGAGCGGUGCGGCGUUGAGGGCGAUGGUCGGCGGUGGAGCAGCGCGGCGGAGCUGGGGGGCCGCGGUGCUGGUGCUGCAGGCGGCCUGGGCGCUGGUCGGCGGUCAGGUGCGCUACUCGGUGCCGGAGGAAGCCGAGGCCGGCACGGUGGUGGGGCGGCUGGCGCAGGACCUGGGCCUGGAGGCGGGCGAGGCGGAGGCGCGGCGGCUGCGCCUGGUGUCGCGGGGCCGGCGGGCGAGCGUGGAGGUGAGCGGGGCGAGCGGGGCGCUGGUGGUGAGCUCGCGGCUGGACCGGGAGGAGCUGUGCGGGAAGAGCGCGCCGUGCGCCCUGCGCCUGGAGGUGCUGCUGGACCGGCCGCUGCGCGUCUUCCACGUGGAGGUGGAGGUCACCGACAUCAACGACAAUGCGCCGCGCUUCCCCGCCGCCUCCAAAAACAUCAGCAUCGCAGAACUGUCGCUGCCUGGGUCGCGGUUUCCUCUGGAGGGCGCGUCGGAUGCGGAUAUCGGAUCGAAUGCGCAGCUCUCGUAUACACUGAGCCCCUCCGAGCACUUUAGUAUAGAGGAAGAAACCAGUGAUUCCCGUACUAAAUCUUUGUUCCUGGUGCUCAGAAAACCUCUGGACCGCGAGUCGCUGUCGGAGCACCGGCUGGUGGUGACGGCGAGUGACGGGGGCAGGCCGGCGCUGACGGGCACGGUGCAGCUGGUGAUCUCGGUGCUGGAUGCGAACGACAACGCGCCGCAGUUCAACCAGUCGGUGUAUAAAGUGGAUUUGUCCGAAGACGCAGCAGAGGGGACGCUGGUGGUGAGAGUGAAUGCCACAGAUCCGGACGAAGGAAUUAACAGUGAGAUGAUUUAUGAAAUCGAUACUUUUAAUCCUCCGUCUGCCUCUGACAUUUUCACUAUCGAUGCAAAUAGCGGGCACAUCAGACUCACGGCUCCCCUGGACUAUGAAACAGUUCCUUUGUAUGACCUGCACGUAAAGGCAAAAGAUAAGGGCUGGUCCCCUCUGUCGGGCCACUGCAAGGUGGUGGUGGAGGUGCUGGACGUGAACGACAACGCGCCCGAGGUGUGG